AUGGCUACCAACACUCCUUUGCGCUGGGGCAUUCUCGGCUGCGGACGCAUCUCCCACACGUUCGCCAGCAAUCUAAAGCCACUUAAAACCGCCAUUUUCCACGCGUGCGCAGCUCGUUCACUGGAUAAAGCGCAAGAGUUUGCCAACAAACACGGCAUUUCGAACGCGUACGAUUCGUACGAAACGCUUUGCUCCGACCCCGACGUGGAUAUAGUGUACAUUGGCACACUCCACCCGACGCAUUGUGACCUUGCACUAUUGGCAUUGAACCAUGGCAAACACGUUCUGGUGGAGAAACCCAUGGCCAUGAACGCGAAAGAGGCCGAAACAGUCAUCACACUAGCGCAACAGAAACGCCUCUUCUUCAUGGAAGGCAUGUGGGCGCGGUUCUUCCCCGCAGUUCGUUUUGUGCGCCAAGUCAUCGAGGAAGGUGGCAUUGGCGACAAAGAACUGGGCGGCGGUGGGUUAUUGGACAUUGGUAUCUACGUGUUGGCAACUGCCACGAUGGUGUUUGGGUUUAAACCCGAGAAGAUCACGUCGGCUGGGAAACUCAAUGACGAAGGAGUGGACGUGUACAGUUCCAUCACGCUCGAGUACAGUGAUCAGCGCUUCGCUACGCUUGAGUACUCGACACUCGCGAAGAUCAGUGAGACGGUGACGGUCACUGGCACUAAAGGGCGGAUCUUUAUCCACCCGCCGGCACACGCGUCGAUGGAGAUCUCGGUCGCCACGUACGACGAAAGCGGCAAGGAGACGGAGAAGACGUCGCGCUUUCCGUGGCCGACACCAAGUGACCAUCACUCGGGCUACCUCUACGAAGCUGAAGCUGCCACGGAGGCUAUCCAACGCAACGAGAUCGAAUGCAUUGAGUACUCACAUGCUGAGUCGCUGGGGAUCAUGAACAUCAUGGACAAAAUCCGCAAGGACCUUGGACUUGUUUACCCCGCUGACGAGCCGUAGGAGUUGCCAGGGUGGCAAACUCAGCUUGAUUACUCUUUACAUGUAGCUGCAUCAACAUGGACAUUGUCGUUGCUUGAGCAUUGCCU